GUGUUUGAAUUAGAAACCGGUCGUGUCAGUUUUGUAUUUAAAAUCGGCGUUUUCUUUAUCGUAUUUUAAAUACAACAACUAGGUUUCAUGAAUCGUAGUUUAUAAGUGCCUUUAGGUUAUAAAUCAAUAUGUGGGCAGCAGUGAUCGGGGUCCUGGGACUCGCGGUCUUUGGACAAGCAUGCACACCCAGUGUAACGACAGUAAGCGGCACACACGCGCCCGUCACCGUCUGCUCUGGUGCAAUGAUCUUCGCUGACGACUUCACGGAAUUCGAUCUCGAGAAGUGGCAACACGAAAAUACUCUCGCUGGAGGCGGUAACUGGGAAUUCCAAUACUAUAACAACAACCGUACAAACUCGUUCGCUCACAACGGACUUCUGUUUAUCCGUCCCUCUCUGACGUCCGAUCAGUUCGGCGAAGCGUUUCUCUCCAGCGGCCAUCUGAACAUCGAAGGAGGUGCACCAGCGGACAGAUGUACGAAUCCCCAAUGGUUCGGGUGCGAGCGCACAGGCACUCCGAGCAACAUCUUGAAUCCGAUCAAGAGUGCGCGCAUCCGCACUGUCAAUUCCUUCAGCUUCCGCUAUGGCCGCGUCGAAGUGCGCGCUAAGAUGCCCGCUGGAGACUGGCUGUGGCCGGCAAUUUGGCUGAUGCCGGCUUACAACUCGUAUGGCACAUGGCCGGCAUCGGGCGAAAUCGACCUGGUAGAGUCCCGAGGAAACCGCAACAUGUUCAAUAACGGCGUUCACAUCGGCACCCAAGAAGCCGGGUCAACCCUUCACUUCGGUCCCUAUCCUAACCUCAACGGCUGGGAGCGCGCACAUUGGGUGCGCAGGAACAGCGCUGGUUAUGACAGAGCAUUCCAUCGCUAUCAGCUGGAAUGGACCCCGGACUUCCUACGGUUCAGCAUCGAUGACGUGGAGCUCGGGCGCGUGACGCCGGGCAGCGGCGGUUUCUGGCAGCUCGGCGGCUUUGAUACACAAAAUGUUGAGAAUCCCUGGCGCUACGGCUCCAAGAUGGCGCCCUUCGACCAGAAGUUCUACCUGAUAAUUAACUUGGCGGUCGGUGGUACUAACGGCUUCUUCCCUGACGGUGUUUCAAAUCCCGUUCCCAAGCCCUGGUGGAAUGGAUCACCCACGGCUUUAACCGAUUUCUGGAAUGGAAGAUCUGGUUGGCUGCCUACAUGGAACUUGAACUCUAACGACGGACAAGACGCAUCUCUACAAGUCGACUAUGUCCGUGUAUGGGCAUUGUAGACGAUCCUUACAAUUACAAAGAAAAAAAUUACAAAUGACAAAGUUGUACUGUAAAUAAAUAAAUUGAAAAUAUUCUAUAUG